AAGCAGGAGAGUGCAAUCGGUUUGUUACAUAUGAGAUGUAUUAGUACAAUCGAUAUUGAUAAUUAGUAAGCAGCUGAUUGAUGCAGUUGGCAACGCCACAGCUGAUAAACCUUAAAAUAAGGUAGGAUGAAUGCUCUCAGAAAGUACCGCUAUAGUUUUUUGGCUGGCGCAUGCGCUGCCGGCGGCAGCUUCUUUGGAAAGUUGCCCAGUUUUCUCGAUGCUCUGAACCUGCUGCAGCCAAAUGCAAUACAAUCGGUCGCCGGCUUUGCGUAUGUUGAAUUUGCGUUAGUCCAGCUGCUGCCGCUUGGUUUAAUGCUCUGCUGUAAUGUGUGCAAUUUACGCUACUUUCUGAAGGCCUUGCAAAUGACCCAACAGACAUUGACAGCGACUGUCUUAACAGCCGCCUCCAACUACGUGUUAUCAUUCAUUCUAGGUACGACCGUUUACCGGGAACCCCUGACUGCGCUAUCCGGCGUGGGCAUAGCUCUUAUAUUAGCCGGCUUGUGGUUCCUUUGCGAUACAACGGACUCGAGAAAAUCGUCGGUCGGACAAAGAACUGCAGCUAAACAAAAACAAAUCUAGGCAUUGUAAAAUUUGGUCUUCCUAAAUUAUGAAAAAAGAAACCUCUACGUGGCUGCAUUAACGGAUCUGGAAGAAUGUGAUCAACUUCUAUUGAAAAUGGCAUCUUUUCGUUAAUAAAUAACGUUUGUUACUUAAAUAAGUUUCGUUUAAUGUCACUAUUUUGCAUAUAAAUACAUAAUUUUUGUUUUCCAUUUUUAAUGCACAUAA